AUGAGCGCCGCAACAGAUCAGUACCCCAAGGAGGCUGGUCGCGCCCCUACCACCCGACCCUCAUUAGGCGACCAGCGCCUCACCGACACCAAGGGCCCCUCCAUCGCACCCGACAACGCCUGCGAUGAGCCAUCACCGUUCGCACCCGGCGGUUAUGGCCAGAAGGCCAUCGCCAAGGACCCCGCCACCGGCGAAGGUUACGACAAGGUCUAUGGUGUUCGACCCAAAACUACAUGGCACUUGAAGCCAGCUGCCGAGCGCACUCUGUGGGAGUUCAUUGCCUCCAUAGACAUUGCUCCCGACGAGUGCUACGCCAAACGUGAUACCAACAAGAAGCUGCGCGGUCCUCCUCCCACCCAACCUAUCUGGAAGGAGAAUGUUUUCAUCCUUUCUACUGCCUCGCUCGCUCCUUUGCUCCACACUGCCUGGAACUUCGCUGUGCCCGACCACCCCAUGCACUGGGCCCCUGCGUGGAUCAUGUACCACACCGCCUUCAUCCUCUUCGCCGUCCGCAUGAUCAAGCGUCUGCACAAGUACAUGGCCGAAUACGGUACUCUCGACGAGCAGAACCGUGGUCGUGAUAUGGUCGACGACAAGCACGUCAACCACCUUGGCCAGUCCAUCUUCAUUUACACCAUCUUCCGCACUCUCGCUCCCUUCUUGCUCGCCUGGCGCGGUGACAUGACCAACAUCUGGUCUGGUCUAUCCUGGGCCACCCCUCUCAAGAUCGGCUGGUGGGAGAUCGCCCUCGACUACUGGUUCUACCUCUACCACCGCUCCUGUCACGAGUUCGAUAUGCUCUGGUGGGUCCAUCGACAGCAUCAUUCUACAAAACACCCAACGCCGAUCCUCUCAAUCUUGGCUGAGGACUACCAGGAGGUGCUCGAGAUCUUUAUCGUUCCCUUCCUAGCCACCUCGAUUUCGCCUAAGAUGAGUUUCAUCGAGAUGUGGCUCGUCGUUUGCUACACGCUGUACGUCGAGGCUCUGGGACACUCGGGCAUCCGUGCGUACUGGGCUCACCCAGUCCUCGGCAAGGUGCUUGCCCCCUUUGGCAUGGAGUUGACUGUCGAGGACCACUCGAACCAUCACUUGUACGGCAAAGCCGGCAUGAACUACGGCAAACAGACCCGCGUUUGGGAUCGUUUGUUCGGUACAGUUGAUCCUCGACGCGAAACUCAAGAGAUGGGCCUGUUCGGCGAGUGA